ACACCGUUUCAUUUCAUCCAAAACAAACUCUAAAUCUCAAAAAUGACACUAAUUUCUGUCAUCAUCUUCCUAACAAUUCUUAGCUUAAGCGAGGCCAAAUCAGAGCUCAUUCUCACCGUAGUAAACAACUGCCCAUUCACAAUCUGGCCCGCAAUCUUACCCAACCACGGCUUCCCCAUCCUAGAAAAAGGUGGGUUUCCUCUCUCAAGCCUAACCCAUCGCUCCUUCCCAGUACCAAACACCCAUUGGGCCGGUCGGGUUUGGGCCCGAACAGGCUGCACCUACACCAAUGGACGGUUCAGUUGUCUUACCGGUGACUGUGGAAGCCGUCUAGAAUGCAACGGGCUAGGUGGGCAGCUCCCAGCAACCUUAGCCCAGUUCAGCAUUCACCAUGGUAACAGAGAUCACUCUGCUUAUGGAGUAAGCCUUGUUGAUGGAUUCAACAUCCCAAUGACAAUUACUCCCCAUGAAGGCAAAGGGGUUUGCCCAGUGGUGGGCUGUAAGGCUGAUUUGUUGCCUACUUGUCCUGAGCCCUUGAAAUUUAGAGGCCCAAAUGGCCGUGGGCCUGUUGUGGGCUGUAAGAGUGGGUGUUUGGCCUUUAAUAGUGAUGAACUUUGUUGUAGGAACCAUUUUAAUAGCCCACAAACUUGUCAUGGGUCAAGUUAUUCUGAGUUCUUUAAGCAUUCUUGCCCUGCUACCUUUACUUAUGCUCAUGAUACUUCACUUAUGCAUGAUUGCGUUGCACCGCGUGAGCUCAAAAUCAUCUUCUGCCACUAGGGAAACUUGUGACAAUGUUUUAUGUUUUUUUAAGUGUCAUUAUGUCCCUUUCUCUUUCUUCUAUGUUUGUUUUGUGUUUUAUUAACUACUCAAAUAUGAGUAUAUGACCAAUGGAUGUCGUUAAAUUAGUAAUGAAAGGGUUACCACUUUAAAAUUUCAUGUCA